CAAAAGCACAUAGGUACCAGUACCAAACAUAGGCUCGCAAAAUGAAGGUCUUAUUCUUAGCAGCUGUGUUGAUGGUGUGCAGAGAGGCAGCUGGUGGUCUUCCCCUCGGGCCGUACGCUUACAGCAGUCCCUUGGCAAUCGCUAGGCCAGCAUUGGCUCCUUACGCGGUAGCCCCGGCGAUUGCUAAAGUUGCCCCAGUUGAAGACUACGAUCCGAACCCGCAGUAUUCUUACGCUUAUGACAUACAAGAUGCUCUUACUGGUGACUCCAAGAGUCAACACGAGACGCGCUCUGGCGACGUGGUGCAAGGCUCCUACUCGCUUGUAGAACCUGAUGGCACCCGGCGCGUGGUCGAGUACACCGCUGACCCACACAAUGGCUUCAACGCAGUCGUACACAGACAACCUCUGGGCGCAGUUAAAGCUGUCGCUCCCGGAUACUUGCACUAGUUUCGAUGCUAUA